AUGCCGACCAACACGGCACAUCGACAACCGCGCAGUUGGUUGUACCUCGUCGAGUGUCUACGGGACCCGCCGCGCAGCGACUUUGCGUUCGUGCCGCACCAGUACAUCUCGGCGCCCCUCGAGCUCUCGCAGGUGUCUGAGCUCUCGCAUAGCAACGAGAGCACGCCUGUCAAUUCCCGACCCGAGUACCGCCACAAGCGCCUCGCCCGCCAAUGCAACGCCUUCUUCGCCCUGCACGUCGCUGCCAUGAGCGCGGCAGGUGUCACGUGUACGUGGCUCGCGCUCUUCCCCAUCUCCCCCACUAGCCUCUACAACAUACAAGUCGACGUCUUCCGAGCGCGCCACGAACACGCAGCGUUCUUUUACUGCUCGUGUCGCGACCUGGGGACCGUGCUCGGAGCUGCAGCUGCUGGCUACUGUGGCGACCGCUUCGGGCGCGCGGGUACGUUGGAGCUCGCGGCUCUGCCGUCCCUCGUUGGCUGGGUCCUCGUCGGUGUCGCGUACGGCGAACUCUCGGUUCUCCUUGGACAGUAUUUGCUCGGCACUGCCGCUGGCAUCACCCACGUCAUUGUACCCGUCUACUUGGCGGAAGUGAGUGCUGCGCAUACGCGCGGACGCGUCCUCUGCGCGCAACUAUUCCUCUCUUCCUCGCUCGGCACAAUCAGUUACUUGGCCCUCGGCGCGCUCUUCAUGGCCAUGAGUCGACACUACAUCAGCUUCAAUCUCAACGAGUGGAAAGCACUGGCACUUGCUGGUAUCGUGCCGGCGUUGCUGCUGUUGCUACUCGCGCAAAAACUCCCAGACUCGCCCACGUGGCUCAUUGCCCGCCACGACGACCGGGAAGCGUCGUUUGAAGUGCUGUUCAAGCUCUUUGACCGCGACGAGCGUGUUGCCGAAGACGAGACGAACGCGCUGAUCCACGCAAAAGUCCUGGCGGCAACCGAGAGAUACCAUCAUGGAGCGUUUUUUCGUCCCGUGCUCUUGUGCGCUGCGCUUUUUUCGUUACGUGCGGUGAGCGCCUUUUUGCUUGAGCCUGCGAUCAUCUCGACGCGUGCUCGAGCUCACAGCAGAGAUGUUGGUGCAACGUACACGAACGGCUCGUUUGUCGCCACAAUUCUCGGCGUGGCUGUUGAAAGCACUGAUGAAGGACUUAUGGCCGUGACCAUGACUGUUGCCGUCGCUGCUGCGGUGGGCGUUGGCGCGUGCUACUACUUGGUUGAUACGAGAGGACGGCUCGCGACGCUGCAGUGUGGAUGUUACUUGGUGGUCCUCACUUGUGCGUUUUUGUUCGUGUCCACCUCUAGAAACACGCAGUCAGGCGACGACAGUGGUGUAGCGCUCAGUGAUUCCGGCUGGGCUGCCAUGUUGCUCGCCAAUGCAGGACACCAGCUUGGCCUGGGGGUUUUGCCCGUGAUCUUGGUCGGCGAACUCUUUGCCGUGAAACAGCGCGUCGGUGCUGUGAGCCUCGUUGUGAUCUGGGAAGCAGUUGUCAAUCUUGGACUCACGCACGCACUCCCAAUGAUGCGCGAGUUCAUGCUGCAGCCAGCAUCGACCUUUGACGUUUGUAUCGGAAUGGUCAUGCUGUGCAACGUCGCUGGACUUAUCUUGUCGUGGUGGUACAUUCCCGAAACCAGUCAACGCAGCCUCCAAGAUAUUGAAGCAAUCCUGUGCGGAUGGCGACCUGCUACUCCUCGCCGGACCACGACCUCACACGUCCGGCUCGAAUACGGCAGCAGUGACUAA